UCUUUUGUGAAUGUAAUCACAACAAAUUAAAAUUAACGCGAUUAAAUGUGAAAAAAAUUGCAUGAAAAGUGUAUAAAAUAGUAAUUAAACAAGUGCUAAACACUUUGUGUGUGAAAUUGUGUGCAAAAAUUAAGUGAAAAUGGCCACAAAUAUGUAUCGGGUUGGAGACUAUGUCUAUGUAGAGACAAAUCCAAAUAGUCCGUUUUUAAUACGACGCAUAGAAGAGCUAAAUAAAAACCAAUCCGGCAAUGUGGAGGCGAAAGUUAUGUGCUUUUAUAGAAGGCGCGAUUUGCCAAAUCCACUGGUGCAACUGGCCGAUAAACAUCAAC